AUGGAUCUUAGUUCUGAUGAUAAUCAUGAGCUCUUACAAACUGCACUCGAUUAUACUCAGGUUGAGCCCAUCAAUCAACGACGUCAAACCGAACAUAUUAAUCAAUUCUUGCUUAAUACAGUUCAUUUUUUUAAUACAUUCAGUGCACAAGUAGAAAAUAAAUUCCAAAAACUAGAAACCAAUCUUCAGCGCAUUGAAGCCGAUUUUGCAAUACUUGAUUCUAAACUUCGUUCCACUCCAGGUUAUCAGACACUUGAUCUUCCGAUUGUCUCAAGUCCAGUGAGUUCAGCAGCUGCCGUUGCAGAACCUACAACUUCGUCAGUGAAUACUAGUACAGCAUCUAUCCCACCCCCGCCUCCUCCUCCUCCUCCUGUCCCGCCACCGGGUGGCGGAAUUCCAGUUCCACCUCCUCCUCCUCCUCCCCCGCCGCCUGCUGAGCCUGCGAAAGUCGAAGAUCCCCGGACUGAAAAGUAUCGCAAAAUGUUGACUAUGGGUGUACGACGAGAGGCUGUUCGACACAAGAUGGUCAUCGACGGCUUAGAUCAAGAAAUGAUCGAAUCCGUGAUUGGUACAGAUUAA